AUGACCAUGGCAACCAGCCACGACGCAGGCGUUCAAGGGACGUAUCGAGAUCCAGCAGCUGUCGUUUCGGACGCAAUCCAUGAUGGCAAAAAGCACCUGCUUUUAGCCGCAAGUGGCUCUGUUGCCACCAUCAAACUGCCCCUGAUCAUAUCCUCGUUUGAAACCCACCCGAAUCUCUCGAUUCGAGUCAUCGUCACCAAAGCGGCGACGAAAUUUCUUGCCGGUCAGUCUCCCGAGCAGCCCACCGUUCCUUCCCUGGCCUUGCUCCCCCACGUGGAUGCCGUGUAUCUCGACGAAGACGAGUGGAUCGACCCGUGGACGAGGCAUUCGAAGAUAUUACAUAUCGAGCUCCGCCGUUGGGCUCACCUCCUCGCGAUCGUCCCCAUGUCCGCGAAUCUUUUGGCAAAGGUCACAGGGGGUCUCUGCGACGACCUCCUGACCACCGUAAUCCGCGCUUGGGACGUAAAGCGUGCAAUUAUUGCGGCGCCGGCGAUGAACCAGAUGAUGUGGCUAAAUCCCAUCACGGCAAAGCAAUUAGCGAUACUGGCCGAGGAAUGGGACUGGUUUGAAAUAUUAUCGCCACAGGUAAAGCAGUUGGCAUGUGGUGACGUUGGCCAGGGAGCCAUGUGCGAUUGGCACGAGAUUGUCGCAGUGAUUGAGGAACGACUAGCAAGCACUUAA